AUGGAAACUAAGUGUAAAAGAAAUGGUUGUAAGAAAGCUUACAAUGAAAAUGAAAAUAAUGAUCAAGCAUGCAGACAUCAUCCUGGAAAACCCAUUUUUUCAGAUCUCAAAAAAGGAUGGACAUGUUGUAAUAAGAUAGUCUACGAUUGGGAUGAAUUCAUGAAAAUAGAGCCAUGUGCAGUUGGCAGACACACCAAUGUUGAAGCUACUGAAGGCAGUGAAUUUUAUUAGUCAAAGACUGUAGAGAAUGCAUAAAAAGGAAUUGAUAACUUUGCUAAUAAUGCUCCUCAGCCUGUUAGAAAAAUAGAUGACUACAAUAAAGAAGAAGCGGAAAAGAAGAAAUUGCUAGAAUAAUAAUAAGCUUAAGUAUAAAAAUAAAUCUUUGUUACUCCUGCUGGAAAACAUAAAUGCACCAAUAAGGGCUGCUUGAAAGAAUAUGAUCCUAAAGAAAAUACUGAAUGCUUUUAUCAUCCAGGGGAACCUUGUUUCCACGAUCUUAAGAAAUUUUGGACUUGUUGUAAAGUUGAAAAAUAUGAUUGGGAUGAAUUUAUGAAAAUACCAACUUGUGCUAAAGGAUCGCAUACACCUAAAGUAGUUUGAAAAUCAAUAUUAAAUUAUCAACAUACAAUACAAUUUUUAUUUUUACAUA